AUGUUCCCGAAGACGCGUUAUACCGAGCCAGGUUCCACUCCCCUUCAGUCAGGGUUCAACUAUCCUUCAGCCAGGGUUCCACUCCCCUUCAGCCAGGGUUCAACUAUCCUUCAGCCAGGGUUCCACUCCCCUUCAGCCAGGGUUCAGCCAGGGUUCAACUAUCCUUCAGCCAGGGUUCCACUCCCCUUCACCAGGGUUCCAACUAUCCUUCAGCAGUCAGGGUUCCACUCCCUUCAGCCAGGGUUCCACUCCCCUUCAGUCAGGGUUCCACUCCCCUUCACCAGGGUUCUCCCCUUCAGUCAGGGUUCCACUCCCUUCAGGUUCCACUCCCUUCAGUCAGGGUUCACUCCCUUCAGCCAGGGUUCCACUCCCCUUCAGUCAUCCUUUCAGUCAGGGUUCCACUCCCCUUCAGUCAGGGUUCCACUCCCCUUCAGUCAGGGUUCAACUAUCCUUCAGUCAGGGGUUCCACUCCCCUUCAGUCAGGGUUCCACUCCCUUCAGUCAGGGUUUCACCCUUCAGUCAGGGUUCCACUCCCCUUCAGUCAGGGUUCAGCCAGGGUUCCCUUCAGCCAGGCCAGGGUUCCACUCCCCUUCAGUCAGGUUCAACUAUCCUUCAGUCAGGGUUCCACUCCCCUUCAGCCAGGUUUCCACUCCCCUUCAGUCAGGUUCCACUCCCUUCAGCCAGGUUCCACUCCCCUUCAGCCAGGGUUCCACUCCCCUUCAGUCGGGUUCCACUCCCUUCAGCCAGGGUUCCACUCCCCUUCAGGUUUCACACUCUCCUUCAGUCAGGGUUCCACUUCCCCUCAGUCAGGUUCCACUUCCCCUUCAGCCAGGGUUUCCAACUUCCCUUCAGUCAGGGUUCCACAUCCCCUUCACCAGGGUUCCAAUCCCCUUCAGUCAGGGGUCCACUUCCCUUCAGUCAGGUUUCAACCCUUCAGUCAGGGUUUCCACCCUCCCUUCAGUCAGGGUUCCACUCCCCUUCAGCCAGGGUUCCAUCCCCUUCAGUCAGGUUCCACUCCCCUUCAGUCAGGGUUUCCACUCCCCUUCAGUCCAGGGUUCCACUCCCUUCAGUCCAGGGUUUCACUUCCCCUUCAGUCAGGGUUCCACUUCCCCUUCAGUCAGGUUCCACUCUCCCCUUCAGUCCAGGGUUCACCUCUCCUUCAGCCAGGUUUCCAAUCCCCUUCAGUUCCAGGGUUCCACUCCCUUCAUCAGGGUUUCCAACUUCCCUUUCAGUUCAGGGUUUCCAGCUCCCCUUCAUGCCAGGUUCCAAUUUUCCCCUUCAGUCAGGUUCCACCCCUUCAGGUUCCCACUUCCCCUUCAGUCAGGUUUCACUCCCCUUUUCAAGUUCAGGGUUCCACCUCCCCUCAUCAGGGUCCACUCCCCUUCAGUCAGGCUUCNUCCCCUUCAGUCAGGGUUCAACUACUUCAGCCAGGUUCCACUCAAGGCCAUGGUUCCACUCCCCUUCAGCCAGGGUUCAACUACCCUUCCCCCACGGUUCCGCUAUCCUUCAGUCAGGGUUCCAAUAGCCUUCAGCCAGGGUUCAACUACCCUUCAGCCAGGGUUCCACUCCCCUUCAGUCAGGGUUCCACUAUCCUUCAGCCAGGGUUCCACUCCCCUUCACCAGGGUUCAACUACCCUUCACCCACGGUUCCACUAUCCUUCAGUCAGGGUUCCAAUAGCCUUCAGCCAGGGUUCAACUACCCUUCAGCCAGGGUUCAACUCCCCUUCAGCCAUGGUUCAACUACCUCUCAGCCAUGGUUCAACUACCCUUCAGUCAGGGUUCAACUACCCUUCAGCCACGGUUCAACUACCCUUCAGCCACGGUUCAACUACCCUUCAGCCAUGGUUCAACUACCUCUCAGCCAUGGUUCAACUACCCUUCAGCCAUGGUUCAACUACCCUUCAGCCAUGGUUCAACUACCUUUCAGCCUGGGUUCAACUACCCAUCAGCCACGGUUCCAAUAGCCUUCAGCCACGGUUCAACUCCCCUUCAGCCACGGUUCCACUCCCUUUCAGCCACGGUUCCAAUAGCCUUCAGCCACUGUUCAACUACCCUUCAGCCAAGCCAGGGUUCAACUACCUUUCAGCCAUGGUUCAACUACCCUUCAGCCAUGGUUCAACUACCUUUCAGCCAGGGUUCAACUACCCUUCAGCCACGGUUCCAAUAGCUUUCAGCCACGGUUCCAAUAGCCUUCAGCCACGUUUAGCCUUUGGUUCAGCCACGGUUCAACUACCCUUCAGCCACGGUUCCAAUAGCCUUCAGCCACGGUUCAACUACCCUUCAGCCACGGUUCAACUUCAGCCACGGUUCACUCCCUUCAGCCACGGUUCCCUUCAGCCAGUUCCCCUUCAGCACGGUCAGCCACGGCCUUCAGCCACGUUCAACUACCUUCAGCCACGGUUCCAACUUCAAUACCUUCAGCCACGGUUCAACUACCCUUCAGCCACGGUUUCAAUAGCCUUCAGCCACGGUUCCAAUAGCCUUCACCACGUUCAACUACCCUUCAGCCACGGUUACAAUAUCAGCCACGGUUCCAAUAGCCUUCAGCCACGGUUCAACUACCCUUCAGCCACGUUCAAUAGCCCUUCAGCCACGGUUUACCCUUCAGCCAAUAGCCUUCAGCCACGGUUCAACUACCCUUCAGCCACGGUUACAAUAGCCUUCAGCCACGGUUCCAAUAGCCUUCAGCCACGGUUCAACUACCCUUCAACCACGGUUCCAAUAGCCUUCAGCCACGGUUCAACUACCCUUCAGCCACGGUUCAACUAG